UCCUUUCCUCCCUUUCGACUUCCUUACCAAUCGCUGUUAUUUCCCACAGGCAUCCUAAAACCUCCUCUGCUCUGAGUGAACAGCAGAAAUGUCGUUAGCUGGUAAAAUCGCAGUGGUGACUGGAGCAGCGAUGGGGAUCGGAAAAGCAAUAACGGAGAUCCUCCUGCAAAACGGCGCCAAGGUAGCCCUGCUGGAUGUGAAUCAAACUGCGGGAAAGAAUUUAACGGAAGCCCUGGAGAAGCAGUACGGUCGGGACAGAGUCUUGUUCCUGAACUGUAACGUCGAAUUGGAGGAGCAGCUCAAAGCUGCCUUUCAGAAAACCGUAGAAACACUUGGAGGAAUAGACAUCCUGUGCAACAACGCCGGCAUCAUGAAUGAGACAAAGUGGGAGGAAACCGUCUCCGUAAACCUCGUGGGGGUUAUCAGGGGGACUUACCUGGCGCUGGAGCACAUGAGCAAGCUGAGCGGAGGUCGGGGAGGGGUCAUCGUCAGCACAGCCUCCAUUGCAGGUAUUGGGCCUCUGCUGAGCUGUCCUGUUUACACGGCCACCAAGCAUGGAGUGGUCGGCUUCACUCGAGCCAUGGCGGCUGUCUCAACCGCAUCAGGCUACGGUGUACGAGUCAACGUCCUUUGUCCAGGAUUUGUCCAGACUGAACUUUUGGCCAGCGGUACAACCAAACUGGGCCAAUACUCACACCUGGCUGACAGAAUCCAGCUGCUAAUAGAAAAGACUGGGAUCUUAACUGUAUCUGAAGUGGCAGAGUCCUUCCUGGAGCUGGUGACAGAUGAGACGAAGAACGGUGAGGCCCUCCUGCUGUUCCCUAAAAGAAAACAAUACGUGACUUUUCCUGCACUCCUUUAGUGUUUUCGUGUACAGCAGAACAUGAGUAUUCAAUAGAAUGGUCAUGCCAAGUCUAAGCUGUUGCUUUUGCUAACUGCAAUAAUUGUGCUUGUCCUCAAGCAUGUCGACACCUACGAGACCACUCGUUCAACUCCUGUCGAAGUUGAAGUGGAAGCACUUUUUAAAUGUUAUUGUCACUUGAUUUAAAAUCCAGCAAACCCAGAAUGUAACAUUGGGUGCUGCUGUUUAACUGUUGAUUAUAAAGGCUUAGUUCACUGAAUUUCCCUCAGGAUCAAUAAAAUAUCUAUCUAUC